AUGAAGCUGGUCAGGUAUAUUAAGCGCGGAAUCAAUCUUGAGGAUAACAUUAAAGAAGUUGAACUAUUCUUUUUCAGAGAUGCUAUCGAACUUGAAAAAUUGCAAGAAGAGCAAGAUGACCAAACCGAUUUUACAUCUCUUUCCAAUAUAAAGAUGGAAUCUAGUGAAUUUGGUAAAAUCCAAUCCGAGCAAGAGUCAUGGAACUAA